ACAGGCAGAAGAUAACAUGGACAGUACAGAGAGAAAGGCAGCCAGCCUGGAGAAGAAGCAAAUGUCGGACAGAGACGUUGUGGAGUAAUGGCCAUGCUGCCUCCAGAUAUAGACAUAAUCCAGAGAGACGUGCAAUAAGAGGCAGAAGUGGACAGAUAAGCAAGAACGACAGACACACACAGAGGAAGGAGAUACGUGCAGAGGGAGUGAGAACAGGCAAUGAUCGUCUCGUCUUGGGGUAAUUCUGUGCGGUCCAAGAUGAAGCGGUCUGGCUGUGCUUCCACCUACUGCAUUUUUUAUUGUAUACUACUCUCAAGCACAUGUUCUUCCCUCCCCAAACUCCUACACCCAACAAAACUUCCUCACCAUGGUGCAAUACGCCCUUCAUACUCCCCCCUCCUUCCGGCCCACCAGCAUUUACGCUCCUUCCUCCAUCCAGCACCCAGACCCUCAAGUACCACCCACCAUCCAGAUCUUCAACAUACUUUCCCUGUAAUCAGAUCACAGAACUUGCCACCAAAGAUCACAUACUUCCCCCACAGGAACACCCAGCACCCCCAUCAACACUCUGUGCCCACACGGGGCAAACGCCAGUCCCCCGCCUCCAGUUUGCUGUUCCCUGCAGCUCUUGAAGGGGCAGUUCCUCCUUCUCCAUACCCCUGGGCCAUCCUGUGGGACCCAACAAUCUCAGAUGAGGAUGGGGCUCAAGGCUCCGUUUCUUCCACUCCUCGGCCGUUUUACCAUCAAGAGUGGGGCCUGUUGGAGCACGACGAGCCUGCGCGAGGACUAGACUUGAGAGGGGCUCCCACCACCCUGAGACCCCAUAAUUCCCCUCCAAAAGAUGACGGAACAGAUCCCCAACUGUACGUCACCAUUGUCAUCUCCGUGGUCAUUGUGUUAGUGGCUACUGGAAUCAUCAUCAAGUUCUGUUGUGAGCGCAGACAGAAACGGAGGCACCAUCGCAAUGACCGCUGUGCUUUACCGGAGGAGGGAAGUCUGCAGCCCCUCACCGACCUCUCCCCAGACACGGACAUCCCUGGGCUACAGCCUCUAAAACUUGGGGACUUCAAAGGUGGCCUGGAUGACAGAGGCGUCCCCUGCAGGACGAGCAAGAUCCCAGUGGUGACCAUGUGAGAGCACUGUCUAAGUGAUGAAAUUGUAGAAGAACAGCUGUGAAGGACUCUAAUGGGUGAUAAAGAACCCACCUGACAGCAGGUGCGGGCACAACCCACAUUUCUCCAAACACUGCACCCCAAACACAACUGCGUGAGAGGACCGAGCAUCGGAAGAGACCAGUUAAUGGGAGAGGACCUCAAAUAGGCGGGAGUAGCCCCGCCCCCAAACGUGGGGCUGUCUGUAUAUAUUACAUGUAUGUAUGCAUGGGCGCACAUAACCACCGAUCCAGGACUGCCCGUGGAGAAGACGAUGAUGCCCUGAGGCAUUAUGAUAAAAUGUAUGUAAUAAUAUUGUUAUUAUAUAGAUCCGUGUAUGUAUGACCGCAUGUAUGACUGUUAACAUGUGAGCAAUUCACUAAGGGCUUAACCCCAUGUAUGUGUUGUGCGUGUCUCUGUCACCCCCCCCACCCCUCCAAACAAGGAUAAAUAAGUGUAUUGUAUAUGCUCAUCUUCUGUGUUUUAAUCCGUUUUUAUUUCUAAAAAAACAAAUUGAAAGUGUAACAAAUGGAAGGUUGCGCUGAUGAGACGGAGAGAUGGAGGUUGCGCUGAUGAGACGGGGAGAUGGAGGGCACUGGAGAAUUCUCUCCCUCUAUACCAGUAUACACCACUGCCAGCCACGGGUCUCCGCCUGCACGUGGGAGGACACGCUCUCACUGUCCACCGCCCACAGAUCUUCCUCUGAAACAGAAAGUCUGAUCAGUGCCAUCACCAAGACUGGAACCUGUGCGAAACGCGCAGGCAGAGAAGGAGCAAUCAUACUUUUAUUACUAUAGAUAUUUAUAGAGCACAGCACUUUACAAUAUGUCUUUCGCACCACGGAUGAGAUGAUUUUAACUCUGUGUGUAUGUAAAUAAUGCAUAGAGACGGCUCGGGAAUUCGGAUGUAUUUUAUUUUCUAUAGAAAUGGUGACUAAUGACUGUGUAGACCACAUAGUAACAUGUCAGCGCCUAUCAAGAACUGCUAUUCCUAAGAUACAACGGCCUUAUAGAAAAGGGACGCUAAUUGCAUUCACAUAUUUAUGGAAACAUUUCAUGAGCGCAUGGGAACUUUAGAGAUUUGGCACAUUGACUCUGGGGGAAGAUUGUUUGCAGCGCGCAGCAGGCUUCCUGUACUUCUACUGAAGUGAGAUUAUAUCAGUCUGAAUAUCUUGCCCUAAGCAGCGACUCCACAUCAUUUCAUGUAUCUAAGGGGGUGAUUCAGAUCUGAUCGCUGGGCUGCUAAUUUUGCUGUCCUGCGAUCAGAUAGUCGUUGCCUCCAGGGGGAGUGUAAAUUCACCGUGCAAGUGUGCGAUCCCAUGUGUACGCGAGCUGCUAAAAUCCACUUUGUGCAGUCUCUGCGCAGCCCGGGACUUACUCCUACAGUGCGAUGAGAACAGGCUGAUCGGGGCCGGAGCUGACGUCACACACCCACCCUGAAAAUGCUUGGGAACGCCUGCGUUUUUCCGGACACUCCCUGUAUACGCUCAGUUACCACCCACAAAAGGCCUCUUCCUGUCAAUCACCUUGCGUACGCCCUUGCGAUCAGAUUUUUCGCACCAUCCUGUUGCUGACCUGAUCGCCCACUGUGUGAAAACGCACAGCAGCGAUUAGAUCUGAAUCCCCCCCCUAGGUCCUGUCAUAUGUAAACCUUUACUGAGAGUUCUUAGCUGCUCUUAUAUAAGGAAACUUGGGGCAGAUGUAUUAACCUGGAGAAGGCAUGAGGAAGUGAUAAACCAGUGAUAUGUGCAAGGUGAUAAAUGCAUCAGCCAAUCAGCUCCUAACUGUUAAUUUACAUACUGGAGCUGAUUGGCUGGUCCGUUUAUCACCUUGCACAUAUCACUUACUUAUGCCUUCUCCAGGUUAAUACAUCUGCCCCCUUGUAUUUUAGCGGCCCUGUAAGGAAACAGCAUGCUAACAAACUAUCACUUAUUUAUUUUAAUAUGGUAUUUGAUUAGAUUCUCUCUGAAGGUUCUAAAUUCUAAUGCAGGGGUAGUCAACAUUCGUCCCUCCAGCUGCUGUCGGACUAUACAUCCCAGCAUGCUCUGCCACUGUUUAGCAAAACUGUGGCAGAGCAUGCUGGGAUGUGUAGUUCUGCUGCAGCCAGAGGGCCGCAUGUUCAAUAACCCUGUUCCAAUGUUCAGAAUAGAGUGUAAACAAGCCCAACGUUUCCAAAUCUUCCACUUAAUGGCUGACGUUGCUGCGCUAAAACCUGGCGUCCCUAUUUUAUCUGGCACUCUCCACCUGAGUACAAUGUGGCGGUGCUGUUGCAUUUCCUGUCUAUAGACUGUUUUAAUGUUUUGUUUUGACCUAAGGAGUCUAUACAUAUGUACAAAUGCAAACAGAAGACAUCGAAGUCAUAUUAUCUGCACACAAUAAAUGAGCUUGAGUGUUAUUGUCUAUCUCAAAGGAAAUAAAACCAUAUGGUUGCAUAGUU